AUUAAAAUAGGUAGUUUCUAAACUACAGGAUGCAUAGUUUCACGAGACAAACUACACAAUGUGCAAUCAUUAUCGAAGAUGCUCUCAAAAUAUUCAAUGCAUGAUUUCAUACCAGAUACUGUAUGAUUCAUCGUUUUUAUAACUUAAACAACUCAUCUUUCUCUACCUUGUGAUACCAAUUUCAUUCCUUGUUUUUCUUGAUACAAGUGGAAGGAGGAGAAGAUUUCAGGGUGGCAAUAUAUACGGAGGCAACCCUGACAAAAAGACCCAACGAUUAAAAAACAGUAAGGGUGGCAAGAGAAAGUACGGGGCAAACCACAGCUCACAUGAAAAACAUGCUUAUUCCCCCACAAAAAUCAUGAUCCCAGCUGAAGUUAAAAUUUCCAGGCUUUUAUAACAACGGUGAGAAGUUCGUUGCGCCAGUGAGGAGGAGAAGAACAACGUUUGCAGGCACCCAGAUUCAAGAAACAGGAAACUGGUAAACUAGAAAGAGCUCCUCGCAUCUACAGGCCACCUGCAAUUGGAGGGUCCUGCCAAAACCCGGAAAAUGCAAAAGUCUGGAUUUCUUGUGAGGCGGAAGACACCAUAUACACCAGGAUUGUAGUUAGUUUGGCUAGGAAUGUGCAAGAUUACUGGAAACAUCAGAUGGCUCAUUGAGUCAAGAAGCGGAACCUGGAAUGAAGAGAACUCUAUUUUUUUCUAGUGUAUCGGAUUCUGAAACUUUACCUGACUUUAUGCCUUUGUUUCCUGCUCACUGCAAUGCAUUUAGCAGUGAUACUGAUAAUAUUAUUUGGGAAAAGAACAUAGACUUUGAGCUUCCAUUAGCUUUUCGAGCUCAAGUAGCUGACUCUGUAAAUACAUGCAGAGAUGCCAAAAUUGAAACUGAUAUGGAAGAUGAAGACUACAAGUUCUUUCUUAAAAACAUUAUUCAGGAUGGCGUAUCCUAUGCUUUUCAGUUGAAAAAGACACAAGAUGGUGGUGAAGCAUUUAUCAAGUAUGAAGAAGCAGAAGAUGGACAGAGAAUGUAUCAAUCUUUGGGUGUUAAUAUUUUUAGCAAGGCCAAAGCAACUUCUGGUUGGAGGGAAAACUCCUCUUUUCAAAAAUGUAAGUUAAAGGCUCAAGUUGAUAACAAAAAAGAGGGAACAAAGAAAAGGAAAAGGGCAAUGGAGAUGAAUGUUUCAGGAAGUUUACAGGCAAAGAUGACUGGGAAAAGAAAAGCAGCCUUGCAAUGUAAUGGUAGUCAAGCUGUGAAGGCAGAAGAAGCGACCUUGCAAUAUAAUGCAAAUCAAAUUGUCAAGUCAGAGGAAGCAACCUUGCAAAAUAAUUUUAGUCAUGUUGUCAAGGAAGAACCUUUCUGGGAAACAUCAAGUCCUAAUGAGCAUGAUGUCGAGAUUUUUGAAAGCAGAAAUAUGAUCCAGUCUGCAGAUUUUAAGAAAAAUCUUGAGAUAAUUCUCAAAGAGCCUUUCAAUACACAGCAGCUUCAUGACAUGUGGAAUGCUGUGAGUUGCCGGAAGCCUAUUGUACAGCUUCGGCAGACACGCCGUAGAAUUGUUCCAGUAGAGACAAAUCAAGAAGGCUCAUCAUAUUUAGAUUAUCAUCCAGAUUUGGCUGAAAAAGUAGAAUCAACUUCUUCACCUGAAGAGAAGCUGUCCUUGUUACGAGGGUUCUUCUUUUGGCUUAAGAAUGCAAGUUGGGCGGAUGCUUUUAAGCCCUGGGCUUCAUGCUACAGACGACAAAGCAUUGCAAAUCUAAAUGAUGAAGAUGACUGUGUUGAAGUGGAAAGACCAGACUCUGAGUCAAUUGCUAUCGUACUCCGCAUGGAAGAUACUGUACAAAUUCCACUUGUACGAGUCAAAGAAGAGGCGCCUGACAUAGAAAACUAAACAUGUGUGUAUACAUAAUACACUAAUAAAAGAAUGACACUAAUCCCAGUGUCACUUCAGUGGUCAUUUAAAAUAUUACAAACUCUCUUGGAACAUUUCUUAGGAGGAACAUAUAAUUGCUUAUUUUUAUUUUUUUCCAGUCUGUAAAUUUUAUGAUUGGCUCUCAAUGUAUAUUCAGGAUUUUUGUUA